AUGGCGUUGUCUCAGAUCCAGUGUCUUGACAACCACCACGUCAACUGGCGGGUGAGCGAGGGCAAACCGGAGUUCUUCUACUGCGAAGACCAACGGCUGGCGCUCGAGGCUCUCGUCACCAACGGCCGCGAAGCGUUCACGGACCUGGUCCGGGAGAAGGGCGUCCGGGAGUUCCUCUCGGAGCCGGAGCUGGAGUGGAUAGAGCACACCGCGGAGCCGUACCGGCCGGGACACGAGCCGCAGCACCACCAGAGACCGGACACCCCGGGGCCUGGGAACCUCACCCCGGGGUCCGGAGGAGGGGAGUUAUGGGGAGACGGAGAGGUGUCGCUACAGUACUGGCCGGACCGCUCCGAGGCCUCGGUGGCCGAGCUGGACCUUGGCUGGCCCGAAGCCAACUCAUACCGGGGGGUCACACGGGUCACCGUGUACACCCAGCCUCCAACUGACGGACACACGCACAUCAAGGAGGUGGUGCGGAAGAGCAUUGCAUCAGCCUCGAGGGUGAUAGCCGUGGUGAUGGACGUGUUUACGGACGUGGAUAUAUUUCGAGACCUGCUGGAUGCAGCCUACAAACGCAAAGUUCCUGUAUACAUAAUCAUUGACAUGGCUGCAGUCCCCUGCUUUCUUUCCAUGUGUGGCAGAGCUGAUAUGCACCGUGGACACCUGAAGAAUCUGCGCGUACGCUGCUGUGGAGGUGUGGAGUUCUUCACGCGGUCGGCGCACAAGGUGCGUGGAGCCCUGAGCGAGAAGUUCCUCCUGAUAGAUGGAGACAGAGCCGUCUCUGGUUCAUACAGCUUCACCUGGUCCUCAUCUCGUUUGGACCGUAACCUCAUCACUGUGAUCACAGGACAGGCCACGGAGACCUUCGACCUGCGGUUUCGCGACCUUUACCUCUUGUCCAGAGGUGUGUCUCUCAACAAGGUCCCUAUGGAAGAUGAGCCAGUCCCUGACCCGAUCCCUCAUUAUGCCCCUACUCCGGUGUCAGCUGCUAUUGCUAGGAAGCUCAUCAAUCCCAAAUACUCCCUUGUUACCUCGGGAACCCACGCAAGUGGGACUUCUUCUGACCAAAAUUCCAGCAACAAGAACUCCCAGAAUCCCACUGGGCUAAAGUUUAUGAAAGGACGUCUUAAGCAUGUCAUCGAAGAGCCACCCUUACAUCCGGGAUUAGCCCAUCUGGAGAAAGCGUACCUGAUCCCAUACCUGCCCACCUGGCCAGAGCCGGACCCACCAAGUGACGUGAUUGGCUUUAUCAACAUCCGGGAUGAAAAGCGAGCCAAUCAGGUUCACUUACAGAGGUCGGAGAGGUUUGAGACCAGCCAGGCCAUACGCUUCAAGGCGCCAAUGACGCCAUCACCACAGACUGAGAAACCUGCUUCAGGUCUGGCUGCAAACGCUGCAGGAGCAGCAGAAAGUCCUUCUGGGAAUACAAGUGCAGGGGCCUCGACUCCUGUGAGUCCAACCAACAAACAGCUCAAAGAGCAAACGCACACAGCUCCGAUUAAGGACCAAACUGAUGCAACAGAUUCCGGAGCGCCCCCUACGCAGCCCAACGCACCUUUAACACAAGACACACACAAACCCAAUGCAACAACACCACCCAAUGUUACUGCUGAUUCACAGCCAACAGACAAUGCUAUGCAAACUCCAGAGACUCAAACUGCAACACCUCCCAUUCCUAAACGCCGCACACUGCAGUUAAUCAUAGACGAAGCCCCCUCAGAGUACCUUGGCAAACCAGUGAUCACUCUGAUGAAAAUGGACCAAUUGGAAAGUCUCGAUGACUUCAACAAAAAGGAAACCCGAGAGGAGCUGACGCCAGGCCGUGGCCGCACAACCUCACAGAACGAUGGCAGGGACUCUGGCAGCACCGGCGAGGGCAGCCAAGACAGCACCAAGGUCAUGUGUGACCGAGCAGCCAAUGAGGGUCCUUCGAGCACCUCCACGGGAUCAGAGGAGGAGUUUUAUGAAUGUUCCCAGCCUGAGCCCAUCGACCCGUUGACCAAUGGAGUGACGACGUCAGGGUCAGGGCGCGGGCAUCGCCAAGGAGACGGGGUCAACAUGAUGGCCCGCUUCUCCCAGAGCAUGCUGGAUCUGCGGGAGCCCAGCCAGUCGGAAGACAGCAAUGCCCUCAUUCGCCAAUCACAGCAGCUCCGCAGACUAGGACACCCCUCACCGCAUAGGCACAUAGGACAGUUGUUCAGGACCUCUAAAUCUCCAGGUCGUGAUGGGCGACAGGGAGGACCUAAAGUAAUCAUCGCCAAACCAGGAAGUUAUCACCGCCCCUCCCCAGCAGGUGUCCCUGUGAUUGGAGGACACCGUUACUGGCAUGGUCAAACGCUGCAGCCUGAUUCGGCCCAGCCGCGCGUAGAGACACGCUCCGGCCGGUCGCCACGACGCCACAGCCCGGGUUACAGGAAGACGGAUCAAGCCUCGCCGCAGCCGCCGGACAACACGUCAGGGUUACUAGGAGUAUCUUUCUCAAAACUGAGCAAUUUAAGACACUUAAGGGCACGAGGUGGAGCAUCGCAGAAGAAAGCGACUCAAAAUAAAAAGGCUGAUAGGUAGAACUGUGGGCCAGCGAAGGUACACGAGGAUGAUUGUUGAUGAAGACAUCCUUCUAAAAAAAGCGUUGACUCUUCAGUGUGGAAUCUUCUAUCUCUGGUAUGCAUGUCAUCUCCUGUUUUCAAACCCUGAGGCUCAACAUGUAAGAACUAUUUUACUUGGGAUUUUUUCGACUACGUCAACAAGAGUUGGCUGUUUGAUUUGAUGAUCUAUAAAUUAAUCACGUCACAUUCAAAACCAAUACUUCAUGGAUAAAAGUUGGAUGGUUUGAGUAUAGUGUCUGGCAGAUGAUGAAUUUUAGAGGCAAAUACUGAUACCUCGGAGGAAAUAAACACACAUUUUAGCAAGAGUGGUGCUGAGAUUUCUGCUAGAGGGUAUUUUGUAGAUGAUAACCAGUCAGGCACUUCAGUUUUGUAAACAAUCCCUUGAACAAAUAUUUCUUUAUUACCUCAACUGCUUUUCUUAUUCAGAAUUGUGUACUGUAAAUUGUAUUUUUCCAUAUCCAACCCACGCUGAUGCGGUGUAUCUGUGACAUGCAAGAUUAGCCGAUUAUGUCUCCCCCCUCAUAGAAGAGUCAGGUUCUGGUGUUGAUGCCACUGUGAUUGGUUACUGAUGGUGUUAGGGUAGGGUUACUGUGUUGAUAACUGGUAUAUAUGCAAUUUUCUAAACACUGAUGUGGGACCAAAAGUGAAUGUUGUAAAUAAAAAGAUAAAUUGUUGCUAACUCA